CUCUAAAACGCCUCAACUAGAUAAAGCCAUGGCCUUUACAUGUUCUACUUACGUUUUUACGACCUCCUCUGUACCUUCUCUUCUUCUCGUAGACGUAAAUCUCAACUCGUUCGUUCACAGCUCCAGUCAGUUGACCACAAUCAAAGAUCAGCUGCAAAAUGGCACUUCCGAAAACCUUCAAACAGGCCGUUUUCAAGGCUGUCGGCUCGCCACUGGUCAUUGAAGAAGCGCCUCUCACGCCGCCCGGUGUCAACCAGCUGCUAGUCAAAGUCGAAGCAUGCGGUGUCUGCUUUUCGGAUAUGUUUGCGCAGAACAAUGUUAUGGGUGGUGGGUUUCCCAUCGUACCGGGCCACGAAAUUAUCGGUCGUGUCGCUGCUCUUGGAGGUAAUGUUGCGGGUUGGACGGUUGGAGAUCGCGUUGGAGGAGCCUGGCAUGGAGGCCACGAUGGAACUUGCAAACCCUGUCGCAAGGGUUGGUACCAAAUGUGCGACAAUCGAGUAGUCAACGGUGAAACCAAAAACGGUGGUUAUGCGGAGUAUUGCAUCCUCAAUGCCGAAGCCGCCGUGCGCGUGCCCUCGCAUGUGCCGGCCGUCAAGUACGCACCGAUACUGUGCGCAGGGGUGUCCGUCUUCAACUCGAUUCGGCAUAUGAACAUCACUCUUGGCGAGACGGUGGCCGUGCAUGGGCUCGGCGGUCUGGGUCAUCUGGCGAUACAGUAUGCGCGGAAGAUGGGCUACCGGGUUGUCGCCAUCUCGAGGGAUGCGCGCAAGGAGCACUCGGUGCGCGAGUUGGGAGCACAUGAGUACAUUGAUACCAGUGCUGUAGAUGCUGGUGAGGCACUGCAGAAGAUGGGCGGUGCCUCCUUGAUCAUAUCUACUGCACCGUCGGCAGAGCCAGUCAAUUCGUUGCUGAAAGGAUUAGGUAUUCUGGGAAAGCUAUUAUUUUUAUCAGUGCCGGGCGAGGUUUCAGUCGAUACAGCUAUUAUGCUUGGAUAUGCACUCUCCGUGCAGGUAUGGCCCUGUGGUCAUGCCAUCGACACGGAGGAAGCAAUCGCCUUUGCGGAGAUGGAAGGUAUCGACUGUUUGGUGGAAGAGUUCCCUCUGGAAAAGGCAAACGAGGCAUUUGAGGCGAUGCUCAAGGGCACUGUGCGGUACCGGGCUGUGUUGACGAUGUAG